CGGCGUGGGAGCGGCGCGGAGGCCCCUUCCCCGCCAUGGUGAACGAGAGGCACGAUGGCAACCUGCUGGUGCACCUGGGAGCCAAACUGCAGGCCUCUCCGAAGGAGCUGCUGCGUCAGCGGCGAGGCCACGAUGGCCAAGCCGAGUACCUGAUCCAGUGGAGCGUCGUCAGCUUGGAGGAGAGAGCGGCGGGAGGCGGCGGCGCCUCCUCCUCCUCCGCAGAGACCAAGCCGGAGAGCAUCUCGCUGUGGAUGUCGGCGGAGGAGGUGUGCGCCAGCUGCCCGGCGCUGCUGGGCACGGGGGAGCCGGCGGGGCAGCGGGGGAAGGAGGAGAAGGCGGCCGUCCCGCCGGCGGAAGCGUCGCUGCUGGAGAUGAAGGCCGACGUCGGGAGCCUGGUGCGGCGAGCCGGGCGGCAGCUGGCCGAGCCCGGGGCGCCCGAGGCCUCCAUCCUCAACACCGUGCACGUGCUGAGCGCCUACGCCAGCAUCGGCUCGCUGGCGGGCGCCUUCAAGGAGACGGGAGCCCUGGACUUGCUGAUGAAGAUGCUGUGCCAUGAGGAGAAGCAAAUCCGCCGCAGCGCCGGCAAGAUGCUGCGGGCCCUGGCCUCGCACGAUGCAGGGAGCUGGGCAUAUGUCCUGCUGUCCCUGAGCCAGCAGGAUGGCAUUGAGCAGCACAUGGACUUUGACAGUCGCUACACCUUGCUGGAGCUGUUUGCUGAGACAAUAUCCUCUGAAGAGCAUUGCAUGUCCUUUGAGGGGAUUCACCUUCCCCAGAUCCCUGGGAAGCUGCUGUUCAUCCUGGUGAAGCGCUACCUGUGCGUCACGUCUCUCCUGGACCAGCUGAACGGCGGCGUGGAGCAGGGAGGGGAGCAGCCGGCCCGCGCCGUGCCCGGCCCGCUCCUUGCCGAGAGCAGCCGCCUGAGGCAGGAGUUUGAGUUCAGCAUGGCCAUGGCCAACCUCAUCUUGGAGCUGGUGCACGUGAUGGGCUGGGAGCACAGUGACGGGCUGGAGCCGCUGCCCCAGCAGGAGCCGCGGCCUCGCGCUGCCCAUUCCAUCUUCCAGCACAGGGCCACAUCCUGCACAGACGCUGAAGCAGCCCCUGCACCCCCCACAAAGGAGCCCAGUGCCUUCAAGACGCGCUCAGCCUUCCCGAGCCGCAGCAGCUACGUGGAGUACGUGCGUGCCCACCUGCUGCAGGGCAUGCGGGUGCGCAUGCUGGAGGACUACGAGCAGGUCAGCGCCGGCGACGAGGGCAACUUCUGCCAGAGCAACGACGGCAUACCGCCUGUGCAGGUCUACUGGCAAGCCCUGGGCUGCACGUACUGGGUUCACUGGCACAUGGUGGAGAUCCUCGGCCCUUCGAGGCAGGAGGAGCAUGAGGACCAGGAGAAGCUGUGUGCCCUGACACACAACCACAAACUGCGACCAGCGGUGCGGCCGUUUCCCUGCCAGCCCUUUGGGGGGCUGUACUCUCUGCCUUACCUGGGGGAGCAGCCGAGCCAGGCCGCAGAGGCCCUGAGCCGCGCCGAGUGGUGGGAGCUGCUCUUCUUCGUGAAGAAGCUGGAAGGGCAGGAGCAGAAAGAGAUCGUCCACCUGAUCCAGCAGGAGCAGGGAGAGCAGCUGCCGGAGGCGGAUGAAGAAGCCCUGAUCCGGCUGUCGGUGCCCGCGGAGCUGGCCCGGAAGGUGCUGCAGGUCCUGGAGACGCGGUGCCAGGGCAGCGUCCGGCGCGACCUGCGCGGUUCCCGCGUCUACAGCAAAUACCUGCUGGGCGGCGGGGCCGAGCGGGGCGGCGGGGGCAGCGCGGCCGUGCCCUCGGAGCGCACAGGCUGCGGGAGCACCGGCCCCCUGGCUGCGCCGGCCCGGGCGGCCACCGACGUCCUUCCUGUGGGCGCGGAGCCGCCCCAGGGCCCCGCCGCGGCGGCCGAGUCGGAUGCCUGGCUGUUCCACGAGCUCCUGGCGAGGGAAGGGCUGUUCUUCCCGGAGGUGACGGAGGAGCGGGUCAGGGCGCUGGGCAGCUGCGAGGGGCUGGGCGAGAGGGGCUCGCUGGCCAGGAUGGCGGCCGUGGUGGAUGGGAUCCAGAGCGGCAGCGCCGAGCUGGGGCUACGCGUGGCCGGGCUCCGGCACAUCACGAAGGUCCUGGAGGAGGAGCCUGAGCCCAAGCAGCAAGUCGGCAAAGCCCCGAGCGGGCCGGGGAGCAAAAGUGUCGGGGAGAAGCUGGUGAAGGCGACGGUGGAGCUGCUGAGCAGCGAGGCGGCGGAGAAGGCGCUGGUGGCGGUGACGCUGCGGCUGCUGGCCGUGCUGCUGGCCAAGCACGACUGGCGCGUGCCGUUCGCCACGGAGGGAGGCGUGCGGGCUGUGCUGGCCCGCAUGCGGCAGCACGCCUCCUCUGCCCUGGUGCAGCAGGCCGGGCUGGCGGCCCUGAAGGUGCUGGUGGGAGCGGCGGCCGGCGACGCGGGAGGUGCCGGCGGGAAGCCCCUGUCUCGUGCCGAUGUGCAGGUGAUGCGGGAGAUCUUCGCCAGCAUUGGUUCUGCCUCCCACGAGGGCUCCUUGAGCCUGCUGAGUGCCAUCCCCGCCGCCGUGAGCACCAUGCGGAGGGUGCCAGGGGGCUCCUCGGGCGUGCAGAACGGUUUGCUGGUGGUGAACAUGCUGAUGGAUGGGCACCGGGGCCUGGCCGAGCAGCUGGUGAGCUGCGACCUCCCCAGCGUGCUGCGGAGCUGCUGGCAGGACGGGCAGGGCCCCGGCUGCCCCCACAUGACGCUGGCCCUCGGCGCCUUCAACCGCCUCGCUGAGCACCAGCUGCCCCUGGGCCCGGGGCCAACAGGUAGCGCGUGGCCCGUGCCCCCACCGUGCCACGGCCCCGCGGGCAGCAGGGCCGGACUCCGCGCCGGCACCGCUGCGGCACCUCUCCCUGUCGUGGCAGGCGCAGAGGCCGCGCUGGAGCCCGGGGACGUGCGGGAGCUCCUGGGCAGCCUGGGCGACGGCGACUGCUCCAAGGAUGUGGUGGUGGCCCUGGAGCGGCAGCUCUGCGCCCAAGGCCCCGCCGCCUGUGACGCGGUGGCCCAGCUGCUGCGGGACCAGAGGUGCUUCAGGCUGCUGCUGCGCAGCUUCAGGCUGCUGGAGGCAGAGAAGGCCGUGAGCCUGAGCAUCCUCAGGAUCCUGAACAAGUGCCUGGACGGUUACCAGGAGGACGCGCUGCCCUGGCACGAGUGCGUGGAGCCCUGUUUGUCCUCCCUGAGCACCCACAGCAGCGACCGGGAGGUGCUGCAAGAGGUCGUCGGCUUCCUGCACCGCCUGGCCACAGCCAGCAAGGACUGUGCGGUGGCCAUGUGCCGGGCGGGCACCCGCGAGGCCGUGUCCAAGGCCCUGGAGAAGCAGCACGUGGCCCCGGCGCUGGCACCGGCCCUGCUCGACCUGCUGAGCGACUGCGAGAAGGUCGGUGGCCUCUACCAGCAGCUGACGGCGAGCAUCCUGGCGGGCUGCAUCCAGCUGGUGCUGGGGCAGAUCGAGGAGCACCGCCGGAGCCACCAGCCCAUCAGCAUCCCCUUCUUCGACGUCUUCCUGCGCAACCUGUGCCGAGGCUCCAGCGUGGAAGUGAAGGAGGACAAGUGCUGGGAGAAGCUGCAGGUCUCCUCCAACCCACACCGGGCCGGCAAGCUGACGGACAGGAACCCCAAGACCUACUGGGAGUCCAACGGCAGCACCGGCUCCCACUUCAUCACCGUGCACAUGCAGCGCGGCGUGGUGGUCAGGGAGAUGAGCAUGCUGGUGGCCAGCGAGGACUCCAGCUACAUGCCGGCCCACGUGGUGGUGCUGGGGGGAGACGGCCCGGCUGCCAUCAGAACGGAGCUCAACACGGUGACCGUCCUGCCCUCGGACAGCAGAGUGAUCCUGCUGGAGAACAUGACCCGCUUCUGGCCCGUCAUCCAGAUCCGGGUGAAGCGCUGCCAGCAGGGCGGCAUCGACACGCGCGUGCGCGGCAUCGAGGUGCUGGGCCCCAAGCCCACCUUCUGGCCCAUCUUCAAGGAGCAGCUGUGCCGGCGCACGUUCCUGUCCUGCAGCGCCCGGGCUCACGCCUGGUGCCACGAGAUCGGCCGGGACCGGGGGUGGCUGCUGCAGCUCUUUGGCAGGCUGAACCGGGCGCUGCGGCACGAGCAGGGCUUCGCCGACCGCUUCCUGCCCGACGACGAGGCGGCCCGGGCCUUGGGCAGGACGUGCUGGGAGGCGCUGGUGACCCCCUUGGUGCAGAGCAUCACUAGCCCAGACACCCACGGCGUCAGCCCCCUGGCCUGGCUGCUGAGCGAGUACCUGGAGAGCGAGGAGCCGCCCCCAAGCCCCACGAGCCACGGGGCCAUCUUCAGCAGCCGCGUGCGGCGCCUGACGCAGCUCCUCGUGCACGUGGACCCCGGCGUCCCGGGGCCGGAGGAGGCGAGAGCAGCCGGCGGGAAGGAGGGAAAGAGCCCGGAGGUGCCGGCCAAGGCAGCGAAGGCGGCGGCACAGCGGAGCGGCGUGUGGGGCAUCGCGCGGUGCUGGCGCGGGGUGGUGCAGCAGCAGGUGCGGCGGUUCCUGGAGGCGGCGGGGCGGGCGCCCGAGCUGGUGGAGCGAUACUGCGGGCUGUACCGGCGCCUGCGCCGUGCCACCGAGCAGCUCUUUGGGCAGCGGGCGGCCUUCCUGCUGGCCCUGGGCCAGGGCUUCGCCGCGGCUCUGCUGCAGCUGCCCUUCCCUACGGCCCUGCACGUGAGCGAGCGGUUUGCCCGGUACCUGGACGGGCAGAUCCAGGAGCUCCACGGGGCCGCGGGCGGCGCGGAGCGGCUGCAGCAGAUCCUGGAGCCCUUCGUCGUGUUCAGCGGCCUGGAGCUCGCCCACAGCUUCGAGCACUUCUACCGGCACUACCUGGGGGACCGGCUGCUGGCGCGAGGGCCGUCGUGGCUGGAAGGAGCCGUGGUGGAGCAGCUGGGGCCGUGCUUCCCCGGCCGCUUUCCCCAAGGGAUGCUGAGUGACUUGGCCGAGUCAGAGGAGCUGCAGCGGCGGUUUGAGCUCUUCCAGCUGCAGGAGCGGGACAGGCGGCUGCUGGAGCCGGGCCCGGGCCCCAAGGAGGCGCCAGGGCCGGGCUGUGCGGCCGUGCCGGAGGUGAAGGUGCUGGCGCUGUCCCCGCGCUGCUGGCCCGUCGCGCCGCUCUGCUACAUGGACGAGCCCGGCAGGUUGUUCCCGGCAGCGCUGAGCUCCCCCCUGCACGAGUUUUCCGCCUUCUGCGGGCGCGGUCGGAGCCCGCCGGGCUGGGAGGGCUCGAAGCCGCGGCGGCUGCAGUGGACGUGGCUGGGCUGGGCCAAGCUGUGCUUCGGUGACUGCGUCCUGCACGUGUCCACGCUGCAGAUGUACAUCCUGCUGCGCUUCAACGGUGCCGAGGAGGUGGCCGUGGAUGCCCUGCUGCAGGCCACGGGGCUCCCUGCUGAGCUGCUGGAGCAGGCGCUGGCUCCCCUCACCCACAGCGACGGUGUCCUGGUGCGGAGCUGCAGCCCAGGGGGUGUGCUGCGGCUGAACCCCACGGCCCUGGCCCGCGCCUCGGGCCGGCCCCUGAGGCUGCUGCCCCAGCAGCGGUACCUGCAGGCACAGAGGGCCGAGGGCAGCUCCCUGGAGAGGAAGAGUAACGUGCUGUGCUGCCUCAUCACCCGCAUCCUCAAGGCAGAGAAGCAGCUGCACGUGGACAACCUGGUGUUUCGGGUGAUCGCUGCCUGUCAGAAGGGUGAGCUGGGGCCGGGGCUGCAGUUCCUCAGCUUCUGCUGCCACAACGUGGACGUGCUGUCCUGCAUCCUGCACCUGCUGAGCCAGGGCUUCCUCCGGCGCCAGGAGGAGAGGCCUCAGGUCUUGGAAUAUGUCUCUGCUGAACCCACUACAGCCCCCACCCCCCAGGUCCAGCCUCAGGUUGCCUUCCAGACGGUAGAGAUCAAGACAACAGCCAGCCCGGCCUCUGCGGCACCCAGACAGACUUUCUCCACCUUCAGGUAGACAAGGCCGUGGUGGGGCUGAGGGCAGAGGCUGUGUCCAGGCUGUCACUCCCGCAUACUUGUGGGGUUUAUUUUCAAUAAAG